AUGGCAUCGAGCCCUGAGUAUGAGGGCACGACAAGACUUGGAUUCGAGUUCUGCUUCGAGCACGAUGACGACGACUUGACGGUGACUUUCGCCAAGCCCGACGCCUCCUUGGCCUCUGAGCUGGGCACGGGCGGGCAGUGGAGGACUGGACCCAAGAGCGCGAGGCCCAAGGACUUGUCGGCUCCUAGAAGCCGGCUGACCCGCUCGUUCAUGUUGGCGACAGCAGAGUCUCCCAUCACCAGCCACUCCAGCCGAGAGAGAAGGAGCGAGCGGUCGAGCGGCAAAGCGGGCAACGUGGAGGUCGUGGAGCAGAAGCCAUCGUUUCUCAUCGGGAGUCUCGAGAAGCCCCUGGCGUUCAUUGAUGGAGGCUUUGUCAUCACUCCACGAGGAAUCGAGCAAGCUCCCAAGGUUAUCAUCACCAUCUCUACCAACUGCACCAUCAUCACCACCAUCAUCAUCCUCGUCUAUCGUACCGUCAUCAAGAACGUUGGCUCGGGCAUCGACUGGUCUUCCUUUGACUUCUACGACAUCCAUGAAGUCCCAGAGCACGAGGAUAGGAUCAUGCAGGAGAAUCAGUUCAAGACCUAUCACCAUCAUGAAGCUCAGGAGAAGAGAAAGAAGCAGGGGGAUGAACGACUGAUGAAUGCAGCAGAGCUUGUCAAGUCAGCUCUCAUCACUGUCGAGGAAACUCAGUUCCUCCAGAGGGUCUUCAACUUCGUCGACAAGGAUGGUGACGGAACCUUGCAAAGGGAUGAAGUCAUUGAGAUGCUUUUAUACCUCGGAGAACGCAAGGAGAACGUGCAGGCCGGGAACGAGGACCUGGAGCUGCUGUUCGAUAAGCUGAACCUCUCAAGAGACGGAGGUCUAAGUUUCGAGACUUUCAUCGAUUGGUGGGCCAAGGAGUCGAAAGAAGUAUCCUUCCUCCGCGACGCCUUCAACAAAUAUGACGCUGACGGCUCCGGCUACAUCGACCUUGAGGAGCUGCACGAGCUCCUCAAGGAUCUCGGGCACAACUACACUCUCAACGAGCUCCGCAGGAUGAUGAAGCUCAUGGUGGAGGAGGAGAGCCUCGGGCUGGACUUCGAGCGUUUCACCUCUCUCACGCUGCGGCUUUCCUACUGGAACAAGGUCGGGGUCAAGGGUAGCACGGACUUGCAUUUUUGA